AUGAAAGACCGCCAGGAGAUGCGGACGAUGACACAGACAGCAGUGAAGAUGAAGUUGGACCUGCUCUUCCCUCAGGCCCACUCUACGAUGUACUAUCUCGUGCCCCUUCCUGGAUUUCAUGCGACUUGGACUAACUGGGCGCUGCAGACAGAUGAAGGCAGUCCAACCGCUCAAACAUCUGUAUUCGAUAAUGCCGCCUAUCAGGAAGCUGCCGAACCUGAAAAGCCACAGCGGGACGAGUGGAUGAUGCUACUGCCAUCAGGCGACGAUUGGUCCUCGAGAGUCGACCCUACAAAACUACGAAAUAGAAAAUUCAAUACUGGUAAGGGGGCACGAGCUCCGCAAGAAAAGUCUGGCGGGAUUGGUAGUGUUUGGACCGAAACACCGGAGCAGAAAAGAAAGCGACUGGAGAAUGAAGUCAUGGGCGUUUCCAAACCAGCAAGCCAGGGUGGCAGUAGGAGCAGUGAGAAUAUCCUCAGCACCGAGGAUAAGGAAGCAGCGAAGAGGAUACAGGAAUAUAAUGAAAAAUAUCGCAACAAGUCGUUGUACGAUGAACACAGCAAAUCAACGACCAAGGAAGAAGAGGAUGACCCAAGCAAGAGAGCGUUCGAUCGGGAAAAGGAUAUUGCGGGAGGGCAAAAGAUAGGAUUCACACAAAAAAGAGAAAUGUUGAACCGAGCAAAGGAUUUUGGCUCGAGAUUCUCUGGUGGGCGUUAUUUAUGA